AUGAUAUCACCUAAAGGUCCACGACCAACCAGACCAACAAAAUCUCCAUUACCUCCACAACCACAAGCUUAUUAUUCACCACCCAGAACACCAGCCGAAAUCAGAACACCUCCACCUUCUCCUGACUUGGCGAAAGAACGCGAUCUUGAUACAGAUGCUUAUCUAGCUAGAUUAAUAGCCCGACAUCCCGAUUUACCUCCACUGCCACCAGAGGUAAAGGUAGGUACCUUACCUACACCACCAAUGACUCCCCCUCGACGACCAGGAGGCAUACCAGGUUGGCCAGAUUCACCUGAACGGCCUUUACCACCUACUCCUCCCAUUCAUCAAAUGCCCUUAUCUUUUCAAAUGCUUGACUGGGGAGAACCUCCUGAUUUAUACGAAACUUUUGAAGAACCUGAAACUCCUCCAUUUCAAGCACCGGAUGUUACUGAUAAAGAUAUAUCUGAUUUUCUUAUGCCCAAUUUUCUAGCUUCACCUCCACGUACAAUGGCAGGUCCUGAUUUUCCGUCUACACCCCCACGUCCUAUACCUAGGCCGAAAUGGAUGGAAACCCAUCUUCUUCUGCGGUGA